CAACAUAUGACUCUGCAAUCAUGUCUGAAAGAGAUGCUGGCGAAUUGGUGCCUAAGAAAAGGCAAAAGGUUCUCAAUAAUCCAUUGUCUGACAUUACUAACGUUGUUCUAUCCAAACAAUCUACAAUUCGAAGACUAGCACCUGUCAAAUCUGGAAAAUACACACUCAGGCAUUUACCAAGUUCAAAUGUAUCUAAUGAUAUUUAUGGAGCACAAAAGAAAAAAGAAAUACUCCAGAUGGAAUGCAGCGAAAAUGGGGAAGAUCCUGAUGUUCCCAACAACACACACGUUUCCCUACAGGAUACAAUCAACAACUUUGGAAUACAUCCAAUGGAAACAGAAUGCAAUGAGAAUGGCAAAAUAUUUGAGAUACCUGACAAUGAUUGUGACAAAUAUCUAGGAAGCACAUCCAUAGCUUUUAACGGUGAUUUCAAUGAAUAUGGGAAUCAAGAUUGUGACGAAGACUGCGAUGAGAACUAUGAACGCGACGACAUCCCUUUCAAUGAUAUUGCGGAUGAUGUCGACAUCAUGGAUGCAGAAGCUGAUGCAGACGACACAUCGUACUUUCAAAUUGGAGAGCCGCGUUUUACAUGCGAAUGGUGUGGGGCAUUAAUGUGGUACGAAGAGAGGGUAAACAAGCAACGUGAUACAUCAAAUCCGGAGUUUUCAAUGUGCUGUAUGCAGGGAAGGAUAGAAAUUGCACCGUUUAAAAGACUGCCUCAACCACUGUAUGAUUUAUAUCAUAACAAUGACAGAAAAAGCAAGUUUUUCCUAGAAAAUAUACGAUCAUUCAAUUCCAUGUUUGCAUUUACUUCUAUGGGGGGGACUAUAGAUACAACAAGGAAUAAUGGUAAAGCUCCGCCUGUAUUCGUCCUAAAUGGAGAGAACUACCACCGUAUCGGAAGUUUGCUCCCAAAAGACGGUGACCAACCAAAGUUUGCUCAGCUGUAUAUCUACGAUACAGAUAAUGAGCUUCGCAAUAGAAUGUCGUGUGUUAGCAUGGAAGACGAUAAAAACUCAUUAAAAAAAGAUUUAGUCGAAGAGAUACGACAUAUCCUCGACCGAUCAAAUUCAUAUGUCCAAUCUUAUAGGAUGGUCCGUGAUAAGUUAUUGGAAAACAAUGCUCCGACCAUAAAGCUGCGAAUUCUCGGCAAGAGGGGUUAUGAUGGUAGACGUUACAAUUUGCCCACCGCUUCCGAGGUGGCAGCUUUGGUUGUUGGGGAUUACGAUGCCGCUGAUUUCGAACGAGACGUUGUGGUCGAAGAACGAUCAGGUUUGCUUAAGCGUAUAUCGGUAUUUGAAACAUCUUACUUGCCAUUGCAGUAUCCUUUGAUAUUUUCAAGAGGUGAAGAUGGUUUUCGUAGGGAUAUCAGGUUUAGCGACAGACCUAAGAAGAAGCCUAUUAAUCGAACAUACGUUUCAAUGAAAGAGUGGUUCGCAUAUAAGAUCCAGCAGAGAGAUAUUCAACAUUCACAAUUGUUGUUUUCUAGACGUCUGUUGCAACAGUUUUGUUGUGACGGGUAUAGUAUGAUAGAGUCAUGGCGAUUAAAGUGGUACAGAGAUCAUCAGAAAGAAGUCAGGGCUGACAUGUACAAGGGGUUGAGAGAAGCAGUUCUUAGAGGAGAAACAGAUCCGGCCAGUGCAGGAAAGCGAGUGGUGUUGCCUUCUUCAUUUGUCGGAGGGGCACGAUAUAUGAUACAAAAUUACCAGGAUGCCAUGGCAAUAUGUGGAUGGGUGGGCUAUCCUGAUUUGUUUAUAACUUUCACAUGUAACCAUAAGUGGGCGGAGUUAGUUGAUUUUCUAAAGAAACAUAAUCUCAAGCCAGAGGAUCGACCAGAUUUAGUCAGUCGUAUUUUCAAAAUAAAGCUUGAUCAUCUAAUAAAGGAGAUUAAAAAGGGCAAAAUUUUUGGGAAGGUUAAAGCAGUCAUUUAUACUAUUGAGUUCCAAAAACGAGGUCUCCCGCACGCUCACAUCUUGGUUUUUCUACGGCCAGAAUUUCGCAUUCUUCAUCCUAACAACAUUGAUAAGAUUAUAUCGGCAGAGAUCCCUGAUAAAGACCAGGAUCCUCAACUCUACAGCAUUGUUACGUCUCUCAUGAUACAUGGACCUUGCGGAAAGCAGAAUAAUAAAUCGCCAUGUAUGCUGAAUGGUAAGUGCACUAAAUAUUUCCCGAAAAAAUUUGUUGACACAACGGUGAUUGAUUCAGACGGUUACCCUGUGUAUAGAAGAAGGAACAAUGGUGUAUCAUUAAAGAAAGGUGAAUCUUUUGUUGAUAACAGAUAUGUUGUGCCCUACAACCGUAAAUUACUGUUAAAGUAUAAUGCACAUAUAAACGUUGAAUGGUGUAAUCAGUCCCGGUCUAUAAAAUAUCUGUUCAAGUAUGUUAACAAAGGACAUGAUCGGGUAACUGCAACAUUUUACCAAGGCGGUAAUGAAUGUUACGACGAAAUAAAGAUGUACUACGAUUGUAGGUACCUCUCGGCAUGUGAAGCGGUGUGGCGGAUUUUUUCCUUUGAUAUUAAUUAUAGGGAACCCUCGGUUGAGCGCUUAAAUUUCCACUUAGAAGGCGAGGAACCAGUUGUUUUCGAAGAUCAUGAGGACUUGGAAAAUGUAGUAAAAAAACCACACAUCCGUGACACUAAGUUUCGUGCAUGGAUGGAGGCAAACCAAAAGUAUCCCGAGGCUAAGGAUCUAACAUAUGGCGAGUUUCCAUUAAAGUUUGUUUGGAAGCAAACAGAGCGUAGAUGGACACCAAGGCAACGAGGGCUUUCUAUUGGUCGAAUUCAUUUUGUUCCGCCCGGAAGCGGUGAGAAAUUUUAUCUAAGGACCCUGCUGAAUUAUGUAAAAGGUCCUGUUUCUUACGAUGAUAUCAAAACAGUUGGAGGAGUUAAAUACAACAGUUUCAAGGAGGCAUGCUUUGCUUUGGGCCUGUUAGACGAUGACAAUGAAUUCAUAAAUGCUAUCAACCAAGUCUCUUUUUGGGGGACUGCCGAAUAUAUGCGUCGUCUAUUUGUCAUGUUGUUAGUAUCAAACCAAUUUUCUCGACCAGAAGUUGUUUGGGAGAAGACUUGGCUGCAUUUGAGUGAUGAUAUGUUGCAUCGUCAAAGAUUGGCAUUGCGUGUACCAGAUUUAGUAUUGGACGACGAUCAAUUAAAAAGCUAUACGCUUGCAGAGAUCGAGAGAUUGUUGCAGAGUCACGGCAAGAAAAUGAAGGAUGAUUACCCAACUAUGCCUGUGACUGAUGUGUCCCUUAUCCAUGAGUCACGUAAUAGGUUGAUAUAUGACGAGAUGAAUUAUAACCAGCAUAUUCUUGAAGAAGAGAACGAGCGGUUAAUGUCCACAAUGACAUUUGAACAAAAACAGGUGUAUGACAAAAUAAUGGCGAGGGUUGAUGCCAAACAGCCUGCAAUUUUCUUCCUAUACGGUUACGGCGGUACCGGAAAAACAUUUAUAUGGAGAGCAUUGUCAUCUGCCAUUCGGUCAAGGAAAGAAAUUGUAUUGACAGUUGCGUCCAGCGGUAUCGCAGCCCUACUUAUACCUGGAGGAAGAACAGCACAUUCUAGGUUUGGUAUUCCUAUAAUCGUUGAUGAAAUUUCAACUUGCGGCAUACAUCCUAAAAGCCCGUUGGCUGAGUUGAUAUGUAAGGCAAGCCUAAUUAUUUGGGAUGAAGCGCCAAUGAUGCAUAAACACUGUUUUGAAGCACUUGACCGAAGUUUGAGGGAUAUUCUUCGUGUUCAAAAUAAUGGAAGGACGGAUAUCCCGUUCGGUGGCAAAGUUGUCGUGCUCGGUGGUGAUUUCAGACAAGUUCUUCCAGUGAUAGCGAAAGCCAAUAGACAAGAGGUGUGUAACUCAUCAAUAAAUUCUUCACAUUUGUGGCGUUUUUGCGAGGUGUUAACAUUGUCAACCAACAUGCGCCUUUUACAUGGUUCUUCCAAUUCUGAUAUUCAAGAGAGGAAAGAGUUUAGUGAGUGGGUUUUGGGCAUCGGAGAUGGUACUAUUGGAGAAGAGAACGACGAAAAUAUUCAGAUACAAAUUCCAGACGACCUACUUAUACAUAGUUCAGGAGAUCAUAUUGCUGCCAUUGUUGAUCACAUUUAUCCAUCGUUGCUAGAUAACAUGUAUGAUCAUUCGUUUUUCCAAAAUAGAGCUAUACUAACUCCGAAAAAUGUCACGGUUGAAGAAAUAAAUGAGUAUGUAAUGUCUCUUAUACCUGGAGAAGAAAAAACCUAUUUGAGUUGCGAUAGUCCCCUUGGUAAAAAUGCAUCAGCUACCAGGCCGGAUGACAUACACACACCUGAGUUUUUGAACACAAUUAAUGCCUCAGGUAUCCCUAACCACAAGAUAAAAUUGAAGGUUGGCGUUCCUGUCAUGCUUCUACGCAAUUUAGACGCUACAGCUGGUUUAUGCAACGGUACUCGAUUAAUAAUAACGAAGAUGGGCAGAUAUGUGCUUGAGGGCAAGGUCAUAACAGGCAGCAACAUUGGAGAUAUAGUUUAUAUACCGAGAUUGUCGUUGAGUCCAUCGGAUACAAGAAUUCCAUUCAAGUUUCAGCGUCGACAGUUCCCUAUAUCGGUGUCAUUUGCAAUGACGAUCAACAAAAGUCAAGGGCAAUCAUUGAAAGAAGUUGGAGUAUACCUUCCUCAACCGGUUUUUUCCCACGGACAACUAUAUGUUGCGGUGUCAAGAGUUACAUCAAGAAACGGAUUGAAGAUAUUAUGCACGGAUGAAGAUGGCAAUUGUAUGAGCACUACAUCAAAUGUGGUGUAUAAGGAAGUCUUUCGCAAUUUGUAAUGAUGAACCAGACGAUAACUUUACACAUGAACAGGGCAUUAUUUCUCUUCUUUGCUUCCCAUUUUACCACUUCUCUUAUACACAUAUGUCAAGUUAAUGUUGAGUUCAAGGUGAUAAUUGAUUGCAUUUUUAUAAUAGCUUUGGAAGGUACUUUUUGGUGAUAACUUAAUGCUGGUUUUUUCAUUCCAUUCCAAUUGCAACACUGUUCACCCUAUUUAACUUUUUGCUAUCUUUUUCAUGUUUUUUAAAUUACAAUUUCGUCGGCCGUUGCGUGGUCACAAUUGUCCACGAUUUCGUGGAUUUAGUGGCAAGUUUUAAGUUGCUUUUAUGUGUACUGUUGAACUUACUAUAUAUGUUGCAAUUUUAUAUGGAUUGCACUA